AUGGAAGAUGAAUAUGCGGAUUUCUUUGGAGGCGAUGAUUUUGACAGAGAUCAAAGUCCGGAAGGUGAUGAAGCUAUCGAAGUUCCAGUUCCUGGAGCGGAUAUUCCGGCUGGAAAAGUUGUGAAACCUCCUAGAAAACAGGUAUAAUUUUUUUCUUAAUACAAAUUAAAAAAAUAAUCCUUUAUUUUAGAGCAAUCGAUUUCUUCUUAAUGAAAAAUUGCUAGCCGGUCCAAAAGGAAUCAGCGCGCUGAAAAAAGAAUUCGAAAAUUUCCAACCCGGUCCAGAUCCAUAUCAAAAUCUCAAUCUUAUGUUCAAAAAAUACAAUCAUUGGGCGCAUUUAAUGUAUCCAAAUAUGAAAUUCGAGGAUAUUAUUAGUCGGUGUGAGACUCUUGGAACACGACGAUGGACAAAGGUUAUCCUAAAUAAGAUGCGCCUUGGAAUGCCGUUGACAGACGAGGAUUUUGAGCAAAGUGCUGGAGGAAAAGAUGGCGAAUCGAAGAAGAAAAAAUCGAAAAAUGAAGAUUGUGAUAUUAUUGAUGAUGGUGCAAGUGACGGCGAAGAAGAAAUUGCGCCAGCCGCGGCACCAGAAGCUUCUGAGGAUAAAAACUCUGAGAAAUCUGAAAAAGCUGCUGAAAAUGACUAUCCAGAUGAGGAAGAUCAGCGAGAACAAGAGGAGGAUGAAUUGAUGGCCGAUUUUGAUUGGUGA